GCGGAAACUCUCGCGAUAAUUGACUUGUCAGCGCGACGUGUUUUGGAGCUAAUCCGCUGCAGCAGCUGUCAGAGCUCGGCUUGUGGUGGAAGUAGAGUCCGUUGAACAGAAACCAGGUUUGUGGGAAUCCUGACCUCUGAUUGGAGCGUCAUGUCGGCAGCAAGUGGGAAGGUGCAGACCGUCCUGGGUCUCGUGGAUCCAGACCUGCUGGGCCGCACCAUGACCCACGAGCACCUGGUCAUGGGCUUCGAGUGCAGCUACACCCCACCUCCACCUGGCGACGAGGCUGUGGCGGAGAACCCGUUCCAGAUGCAGCACAUGCACUGGCUCAGGCAGAACCCCUACAGCUGCAGGGAGAACCUGUUCCUGUCGCAGGAGGUCGCCGCCCUGCGGGACGAGCUGCUGGCCUACAGGAGGGCCGGCGGGGGUGCCAUAGUGGAGAACACCACGACGGGCAUCGACCGGGACCUGCCCGCCCUCCGACGGCUGGCCAAGGACACCGGGGUCCACAUCAUUGCGGGGGCCGGGUACUACAUAGACAGCACCCACACUGAGGCCACCAGGAAGAUGACUGUGGAGAAGCUCACGGACAACAUCGUCAGCGAGGUGCUCCACGGCGCUGAUGGCACAGACAUCCGAUGCGGCGUGAUCGGCGAGAUUGGCACCGGCUGGCCAAUCACGGAGAGCGAGAGGAAGGUGCUGAGGGCCACUGCCCAGGCCCAGGCCCAGCUGGGCUGCCCCGUUAUCAUCCAUCCUGGCAGGGACCCGGCCGCUCCGGCUGAAGUCGUCCGGAUUCUCCAGGAAGCUGGCGGGGACAUAAGCAAAACUGUCAUGUCUCACCUGGACAGGACGAUUUUCGAUGAAGGCGAUCUGCUUGAGUUUGCAAAUAUGGGCAGCUACCUGGAGUACGACCUGUUCGGCACGGAGAUGCUGAACUACCCGUUCAACCUAAAAGUGGACAUGCCCAGCGACAGCCAGAGGGUGAAAACCUUGGCUUUUCUGGUAAAGGAGGGCUAUGAAGACAAGAUACUGAUGGCCCACGACAUCCACACCAAGAACCGUCUGACCAAGUUUGGCGGCCACGGCUACUCCCACAUCCUCAAGAACAUCGUGCCGAAGAUGCUGACCAGAGGCAUCACGCAGCACCAGGUGGACAAAAUCCUCAUCGACAACCCUAAACGCUGGCUGACCUUCAAAUAAAACCAAACAAAAAAGAUCAUAAUAAUAAUAAUAAUGGAAGCAGAUUUAACGGUGCUGUGAUUUUAUUAUCAACAUCACACAAUAAAUAUUUGGAGAUCUUUUUGAUAAUCACACUCAUUUGUUUAAAGCCACAGUGAUUCAAUGUAGAUACUGCUACUGUUCUUGAUUUUUUUUUUUUUCGAACAGUUUAUUUUAUAAAAAAUAAACAAGGCUGCAAUUUGUUCAGAUGAAGAACUCUUAACAUAUUCUUUAAAAAAUUUAAUUAGAGAUCUGCCUAUGAAUAGGGCCAGUUUUGCCUUGAUUGGCUAGUCUGUCAACAACAGGGCAAAUACUGAGGAAUCCAAUUUUAUUUUUCCUUUUUAUCAAGUGUAUCAAAACUAAGAACUCCACUAUUUUCAGUGUAUAACCACACCAACCAGCGACAUAUAGUUGGAUACAUUUUUAUUGAUUUCAAUCAAAAUAAGAUAAGGACAAGUGUUGUGAUGCAUAAAUGGAGAUGGUCUUGUAAUCCUUGUCAGAAUCAGAAUUACUACCUCUAUCACUGCAGCACAUUUUUCUGUGUAGUAUGUUGGAGUACUUACAAGAAACUUCCGAAAAAUAUCACUGUCAAUCACAAUUAGGGCAUCGCUAAUUAAUAGGAUUUUCUGUCGUCAGAAUUUGCUUUGUAUUUGUGGCGCUACCGUGGUCACUCUGUAAGCAAGACUUUUAAUUUCUCCUCUGUUUCAUGUGCUCUUUCUUUUUCUUCUUGUUUUUUUGUUGCUAUGGCAAGCUUGGUUCAAGUUAGAGAUGCACCGAUUUAUUGGAAGAGAUUGGAAUCGCUCAAUUUUCCUUUGAUUUUCUCUGAGCUGUUGUCGGUCGGCUAAAUAUUGAAAAAUCGAAUUUCUUUUCUCUGUUCUCUUACAUAACAACUAAGAACCUCUGCCUCUGAGUAUUUUCACUUCAUAAAGGAUUCAUCCAACAACAACACUUUUUUUUUUGCACUGGUAUUGUGUUUAUUAAAAUCAGAUACAUGUUAGAGACAUUUGCUUUGACGCUUCAACGGGGAUAAUCUUGUUACUAUCAUGUGUUUUUAGUGUUUAAGGAAAUAGUAAAAUCGUAAUCGGUCCACUUUGGAAUUGGCAGGUUCAGACCUCAACGAGAACCCGGAAUCGAUAUCGAAGAGGAAAAACAUGGUCUUAUUCAAUGAUACGUCAGUCACUUUUAAAGGAGUUAUGUGUUUCAUGUUAACUUUGCUUUCUUCUUUUGGCCUACUUGAUUGGUCGAAACCAGAAAUGCACCAACCCACCAGCCAGAGAUUUGAAUCAGCAAAGUUUCCCUUGAUCUGUUCUGAUUGGGGAUCAGCACAUCACAUAAUAAAAAACAGUUUUUUUUAGCCUGUAAAACAUAUGAAAUUAAAGAACUCCACCUGUUUUAAGUCGGGGACUUGUGCGCUGAUGCAUAACUGAGGACAUUCUUGUAAUUAUUUCAUUUCCUGUUGGAUUCAAACCCACCACCGCCCGCUGCACAUUUUCUCACCCGCAUGUGUUAUAAUCUUUAGAAAAAGACGAUAGAUCAGACAAAAACCGUCAAAUCAGACCUAAAGGAAAACAGACAAUCUUUAUUGGGCAGAGAAAGCCGAUUGUUGCAUCUCUUAUUAGAACUUUUUGUCCUUGUAUUCGUGAUCAUUAGUCUUGUUGUAAGAAGACUUUAUUUUGGCCAGUUUGACUGGUCAAAACCAUUAAAGAUAUCCCCCCUUUU